AUGGCGGACGUUCGACGUGCUAGUGUGGACCGUGUGACGAACGAGACCAAGAUCCACAUUGAUAUCGCGCUGGAUGUGGAUCCAGCGACGGCGCCGCAGACCAUUGAGAUCAAGACGGGCGUCGGCUUCCUGGAUCAUAUGUUGCAUGCCCUUGCGAAGCAUGGUGGCAUGUCGCUCCAACUGCAGUGUGAGGGUGACUUGUGGAUUGAUGACCACCAUACCGCUGAAGACUGUGCGAUUGCUCUUGGUGCGGCGUUCAAGAAAGCACUGGGCCCGAUUCGUGGUGUGAAGCGGUUUGGUACGGGCUUUGCGCCGCUGGAUGAGUCGCUCUCGCGGGCGGUGGUGGACUUGUCGUCGCGGCCAUACUGCCACACGGAUCUGCAGCUGCGCCGCGAAAAGAUCGGCGAUCUGAGCUGCGAGAUGAUCCCGCAUGUCUUCCACAGCUUUGCGACAGAAGCUGGCAUUACAUUGCAUGUCGACGUGCUGCACGGCAGCAAUGACCACCACAAGGCGGAGUCUGCCUUCAAGGCUACGGCUCUUGCAUUGAAAGAGGCCACCUCUCGCACAGGCACGAACGAUGUGCCCAGCACCAAAGGCGUGUUGUAA